AAAAUUAAAGUGAAAUUUUUAACAGACAAAAAAAAAGAAAAACAAAAAUCAAAUUUUCUCUUCGGUUUCGGAAUUCUGAGUUCUGACUCUGAGUUUUUUUUAAGUAUUCUAUUUCCAAAACAUUCUUCGUCGCUCUUUAUUUUCAUCAACAUUUUCCACUCCUUUUGCAAAAUUUUAAAAACACAAUUAUUCUCAUCGAAGUGAGCUUUGAAAAAUCAACAACAACAACAAUAACACAUAAAAAGUAGAAAAACGAAUAAAGAAUUUUCUGAACUUGAAAGGGAAAACACAUUCGCGUUUCCAUCUUGCUCAGGUCUGUGUCGUGCGGCGAAGAAUAUUCCUCAUCAUUUCUCAUUCAUUCAUUCGUUUUGUCAGACCAAAAAGGAAAAUCUUCUUUUUUUUUCAAAGGAAAAUCCUUUUUCAAUAUUCUAAUUUUCCAAAGAUUCGAAGAUUGAAGAUAUACAAAAAUAAAACUAACCUAACUUUCCAAACAAAACGCGUCUAACUGUGAUUGAAGUUUAGUCUUUUUUUUUGUUGUUGAAUUUUUUCAACACCGAAUUCGCCGUGUCGUUUCCGUGUGUCGGUUGUUUUUUGGUGAGAAAUAUUUUCUUAAUAACUUGUUCGUAGUUUGUUUUUGAUUAAGCAAAAAUAAAAAGGAUUCCACCGGGUGUGUUGUGGAGUUGAAGAAGAAACGAAAACGAUUUUCCAUUUCCAAUUGGAAGGAAGUUAAGCAAAAGCACGCCUGUUUUUGGUGGGUGGUGGUAUUGUUGUUUCUUUAUUCGUUUGUGUCGUCGAGAAACCAUCCUUAAUUUCGCCGUGGUUACGUGAAAAUUACAAUCAAAAUUUUCCGAACUCAAAAAAACAGUUAAAUCGAAGAAAAUUAUCAUUUCACUGUGCAAAAUAUAGAAAAUAUACCGUUUUUUGUUUCAAAAUAUAUAAAAAUUCUAUGCGAUGUUGUGAAAUUUCAUUCAAUUUAUACAAAAAUAUAAUUUUAUUAUUUAUUUUUUCUCUCUCUCAUCUGUCUCUUCUUCUCUCUUUAGGAAUGUCCUUGUGGAUAUAAAUUGUGUGUUUUUGUUAUAAAUAUAUCUCGUGUCUGUACAACCAAAAAAUAAAGGAAAUAAAUAACAGAAGAAAAUCGUAUAUUUUCCUCCCGUUUAUAUAUACAAAUAUUACACAUAUCAGCUGUUUAUUCUUUUUCGUCUGCGAAUUUCCUCUAAACCGUUUCGGUCCUUUUUGUCGUCGUGCGUGCGUGCGUUCAUGCAACUACCACCUUAGAAAAAAAAAUAAUAUUAAAAAAGAUAAAGGGAGCGGAAUUUUUUUUAAGAAAUCCACAAAAAGUUAAUUUGUUCGUUUUAUAAAAAAUUUAAAAGAAAAAUACACAAAAUUUGGCAACAUUGUAAAAUAAUAGAGAAGAAAAUCAAAGUGUUUAUUAGUUGGGUGUGUGUUUACUGUUAUUAUCAACAACAACAACAAACAAAAAAUCCCGUUUUUUGUGUAUUUUUUUCUUCCGAAUUCCCAACCCUCCUCCUUCUAAAUCAAACAUUUCGUGUAAAGGUCGGUGCGUGAUUUUUUAAUUCAACAAAUUAAUAAAUAAUAUAAAUUAAUUAAAAAUAAAAACAAAACAAAAAAAGAAUUGUGCAAAAUGGCGACCAUAAUGGCUUAUAAUGGUGCUACUAACGGUAGCAGUGUUGGCGUCGGAGUUGGGGUCAGCACUGCCGGCGGCGGCGGUGGCGGAGGUGGAGGCAGUGACGGUCCACAAAAUAAAAAAAUUCGUACGGUCGGCCAACAACCUGGCGAUCAAAUUGAUUCACAUCAGCUCAAUAGGGCACAACAGCAGCAACAAAGCCAACAGCAACAAAACGUUUUGAAUAAGUCAAACGAUGACCUACGAAGAAAGAGGCCCGAAACCACAAGGCCCAAUCAUAUUCUGCUGUUCACCAUAAUAAAUCCAUUUUAUCCAAUUACAGUGGAUGUACUACACAAAAUAUGCCAUCCACAUGGACAAGUUUUACGUAUUGUUAUAUUCAAAAAGAAUGGAGUACAAGCUAUGGUUGAGUUUGAGAGUUUAGAAGCUGCAACUAGAGCUAGAGAAAAUUUAAAUGGUGCUGAUAUAUACUCAGGAUGCUGCACAUUAAAAAUUGACUUCGCAAAGCCAGAAAAAUUGAACGUCUACAAAAAUGAACCAGAUUCCAGCUGGGAUUACACACUCACUGCAGUUAAAGAAAUUGGCAACGGUCGUUCGCCAUUACUGCAGGAGCCACUUUAUGGAACUCGUCCUCAGCCAUACAUUGCAAUCAAAACAACUUAUCCUCAAUUUAAAGAGCCACCACUAUUGGGACCAGGCGCUGGCUUUCCACCUUUUGGACCACCGGAAUUUCAUCCCACCACCCCAGAGAAUUGGAAGGGCGCUCCUAUACAUCCGACUGGCCUAAUGAAAGAACCACCAAUAGCUGCCGGACGCAAUGGACCAGUUAAUUUUGCUGCAACAGGACAACAACAGGGCGCCGUCAUGAUGGUUUAUGGACUUGAUCAGGAAACAUCGAACACAGAUAAAUUAUUUAACUUGGUCUGUUUGUAUGGAAACGUUGCCAGGAUAAAAUUCCUAAAAACCAAAGAAGGUACAGCAAUGGUACAAAUGGGUGAUUCAGUUGCGGUCGAACGUUGUGUACAGCAUCUUAACAACAUUCCCAUUGGCAGUCCGGGCAAAAUUCAAAUAGCGUUCUCCAAACAGAAUUUCCUAUCGGAAGUUAUAAAUCCGUUCUUACUUCCAGAUCAUACGCCCAGUUUUAAGGAGUAUACUGGUUCAAAAAAUAAUCGAUUUUUAUCGCCGGCCCAAGCUAGCAAAAAUCGUAUUCAACCACCGAGUAAGAUUCUUCACUUUUUCAACACACCACCUGGUCUAACCGAGGAUCAACUGAUAGGCAUAUUCAAUAUCAAAGAAGUUCCAGCCACAUCGGUGCGAUUGUUCCCAUUGAAAACGGAACGAUCAUCAUCAGGCCUAAUUGAAUUCCCAAAUAUUUCUCAAGCUGUGCUUGCUAUCAUGAAGUGCAAUCAUCUUCCAAUUGAGGGUAAAGGCACAAAAUUCCCCUUCAUAAUGAAACUUUGUUUCUCAUCGUCAAAAAGCAUGAAUGGCGCAUGGAACAAUGCGACUAAUGAAGGUAUCAUUGAAAAAGAAAAUGACAGUGAUUUAAAACCGGACGUCUACAAUUGAGAUUUAAUUAAAAUUUUAUAAAAUCAUUAAUUAAUUAAAAUAUAAAUAUAAUUAUAAUUAUUAAAAAUAAACAAAAACUACAAAGAAUUUUUAACAAUAAAAUAAUAAUAACAAAAAAGAAAAAACAAAAACAAAAUACCACCAUCCCCACGCAUGAUAAAACAAAAUAGAAAAAAAAGAAAACAGAAGAACGAGAAAAAGAAGGAGAAGAUAAAUAUAAAUUUAUGAACCCCCGAGAUUCAUCGUUUUUAAAAUUUCUUAUAUAAAAUAUUUUUUAUUAAAAUAUUUAAAAAUUUCAAAAAACAAAACAAAUAAGAAAGAAACAAAAAACUGAUUUUUAAAUAUGAAUUUAAAAAAAAAAUAUCUAUGUUACUAUAUUUUAUUUUUUCUUGAUUUUUUUCUCACGAAGAAAAAAUACAAAUCAACUAAUGUUAUGUUUAUGUUAUUUUUUUUAAAUUUAAUAAUUUGUUUAUUAGAUUUUUGUUAUGUCGUUUUGUUUAUUUUUAUUUUUCAAUUAAUAGUUUUGUUCAAUUUUUUCCUUGUAGAGUAUUAAUGUAUUUAUAAAAUACGUAAUUAAUAUUAUUAAAUAUAAAUAAUAAUUGACUUUUGUUUAAUUCAUUUUAACAUUAUAUUAGACUAAUUCAUUAUACUAUACGUACAUACAUAUAAUUAUAUGAUUAUAUAUAUAAAUUAUUUAUCAAAUUUGUGGCCCAAAAAAAUGAUUAUUUUAUUUAUAUUAGAACAUAUUUCUUUCUCAAUUUUGUUUUAGAUUUAAAUUUUCAAACAAACAAAAAUUAAAAAUUAAAUAAAAAACAACAAAAAAUUAAACUAAAUAAAAUUUAUUUAGAAAUUAAAAAUAAUUAUAGAAAAUUUGUAAUUAAAUACAUAUUUAAUUUGACAAUAUUGAUGAAAACAUACAAAAAAUGUUAAAUAAAAUUAAUAAAUAAAUAAAAAACAAAAAACACUGAACUACUUAAAUGGAAUUUAUUAAUCAAUGGAAUAAGUUACUUAAAUCAAUUAAACAUAAAUAAAACAAAACAAAAAGAAUUAGACUAGACAGAAAUAAAUCACAUUGGUUAGACUAGUAUUAUUAUUUUUUUAAUUUAAAAAUAAAUAAAAAAACAAAAGUGAAAGAAAAUGAACCUAAGCAACAACAAAAUAAAAUAAAAUAUUAUUAACUUGAACAAAGAGGACUAUGACAAAAAGUUAAAACAAAAAAAAGAAAGAAAUAAAAAUAUUUUAUUUUAUAUAAAUUUAAGUAAAUAUAUACAAACAAAAAAAGACAUAAUUAUAUUAAUUUUUAUUUUCUCUUUUAAAAAAAAUAUCUAUGCUUAAAACUUUGAGUUUUCUUUUUUGUUUUUCUUUAUUAUUAAUUUAAUCCAAUUUUUACUCUAAGUAAAAUAAAUAAAUGCAAUAAAUACAAACAAUAUUAGUUAACUAACUAAUUUUAUUGUUUCUAAGUUUUAAAUGAAAGCAUGUGUAUAAAUAAAAAAAUGAAAACAAACAAAAAGAAUAAAAUACAUUAAAACAAGAGAAAGAAUAUUUUUAAAUAUUUUUUAAUUUAUAUACAAAACAUAAAUAAUAUCUAUACAGAAUAAUAAAAAUGCUAAUUUUUUUGUUAAAAAUGGUAAAAAAGAAAAAUGUAUUCAAACAAGAAAUUCAGCAAUAUAUCAGAAACAACCAUAUCACUGUGAGUAAGUUAAUCUAAACAAACAAAAUUAACAACAAAAAAGUUAAUAAAAAAAUAAUUGUUUUAGUUUUUCUAAUUUAGAAUAAAUUUUAGACUCAAAGAAAAAUUAAAUAAAUACUUAACAACAACAAAAAUAAUAGUUUUGAACAGGGAGAAAUAAAAAAAAAUAUUUUUGUUUUAAAUUUUGUGUUUGUCAGAAUUUUAUGACAAUUUUGUAGAGAUUCAGGCUGAAUUCAGUCAAAAAAUAGCUAAAGCAAACUAAAACGUAUCUCUCUCUAGAAACAAACUUUACUUAUAGUAAGCUGCAGCAUUAAACAAGAAAAAAACAUAAAUAAAAGUUAAAAAAAAUAAAAUCAACGAAUAUAGAUUUAUAGUUAAAUUUUAAGCAUUUUAUUUUUGUGCAAUUUAUUUUAAAUAAAUCAAAAUAUAAUUUUAAAGCAAAUAAUAAAUUUAAAAACAAAAACAGCACACUGACGGUUAUCUCAAUAAAAAACAAAAAAUAUCUUAUUUCUAGAUUUAAUUUAAAAUUACAAUUAAUACAUUUAAUUUCGAAUUUAUGUAAUUUAAAAAAAAUAAACAAAAAUUGGACUUAUAGUGCUGAAAUUAUAAAAAUUAAGAAAACACACUUAUUCUUAGUUUAGAAAAGAUUAAAAUAUAAAAGAAUUUGAUUCAUUUGGUUGUUGUCGAAUAGUUUUUACUAUCAGAUUUGUUAUAUACAUAAAUAUAUCGCUUAUUUUAAUUUUUAACUUUUAAUUUUUACUUUGUUUUCAUGUAAUAUAAUAGUUUUUAAGAAAGUUAUUGGUACUUAAUUAAAUAAAUUAAUAUAAAUAAUAAAAGAAACAUCGAUGCUGUUAUCGAAUGGUAGCUAUGAGUUAUGAAAAAUAUAAUUAUUCUUUUUUAUUUUUUGCUAUUAUUUAUUUUAGUAAGUUUUAUUUUUUGUAAACCAAUUAAAUAGUUUUUUUCUUAUUUUAUUUUCUUUUCAUUUUGAAAAUAAAUGACAAAAUUUUUUGUUUCGUUUCGAUUUCAUCAAUAAAUAAACUUAAAAAAAAUAUUAUUCAUUUGA